CCCUUCAUUUCUGAAAUGAAAAGGGUAAUUGCUGGUACCAAAAUUCACGUCUCCUUUUCAGUGGAAUUCUCCAGCCAAGCUGGGCGCUAACCGAGCAGGCGAUUUCACUUCAUCCUUACUUCACAAAAGACUUCCAAAAUCAGUGCAGCAGACACGGCAAAAUAAAAAUGUUAACUACAUCCUGGCUGGGAGGCGACUGAAGCCUCCACGCUCAAUCAAAGGUUUACAAUAAUAGGAUUCAUUAAAAAAAAAAAAAAAAAAAAAAAAAAAAAGACAGAUGGGAUUAGAAAAUGUUGCAGUGAAGACUCUGGAAUGAGAUGAGAUCACAGCACCAGCCUGUCUUUUGUGGACCUGCACAAUGAUCCCCGAGCCAGACUGGAUUAGGAAACCUCGCGACUAGGGGUUCAGAGAGAGGCUUCCGGUUCCCGGCACUUUGGGGGAGAGAAGGCUGAGACGAUGCAUCAGAUUUACAGCUGCAGUGAUGAAAAUAUAGAAGUUUUCACCACCGUGAUCCCUUCCAAGGUGUCCAGUCCAGCCAGAAGAAGAGUCAAAAGCUCUCAACACCUCUUGACCAAGAAUGUGGUGAUCGAGUCGGACCUCUACACGCCGCGGCCCCUGGAGCUGCUGCCGCACCGCAGCGACCGCCGCGACGGCGAGGGUCGCAGGUCGGGCCGGCUCCACAGCGCGCGGCCGCAGGGACCCCACCUUGCCAAGGCCCCGGCCAGACCCGUGGGGAGUUUGGAACCCAAAUCUUCCAAUCUGUGUGGGAAUCGAGCAUAUGGAAAGUCUUUGAUUCCUCCGGUGGCCCGGAUCUCAGUGAAAGCCCCCAGCGUGCUCGAGGCGGCGGCCACAGCCUCAGAGAAGGGAGCUGUUCUAACGCGAGGAUCCAGACAUCUCAAGAAGAUGACUGAAGAGUAUCCGACCCUGCCCCAGGGAGCAGAAGCCUCCCUACCGCUGACAGGAAGUGCUUCCUGCGGGGUCCCUAGCCUCCUCCGGAAAAUGUGGACAAGGCACAAGAAGAAGGCUGAAUAUGUGGGUGCUACCAACUGUGCCUUUGAGGCUGACUAAAGGUGACUCUCCCCAGGGUCCAUGCAUUGGUCAAAGUUCACUGCAUAUAGGGGAGAAAACUUCAGAUUGGAACUGAGCCACAUUCACCUCUGCUAGUAGCUGGUCCAAACACAUCACCAUUUCUUAUUAACCAAUAGCCCUGGCUUAGGGUACAGGCAAGGGACUCCCCUGGAAGGCAAAAGAAAAGUGUGCCUUCUUAGAACCAAUAAAGCCAUUGGUCUGAAAGUGGCUUUGGGAGAUAGAUAUAAACUCUGUCCUUAUCUUAAAGCAAAAUCACACCACAAUCAAACUUUCCCAACCCAUUUUAAAGACCUCCAGGGGAAGAAGAAGGCAAUUCCUCAGUCUUCCUUGUAAGUUGUUCUAAUGUAUGUGAUUUCUGUUAUAAAUAUAAGAGCUUGAUGUUUGAGGCCCUUGUAAACACAGUGGUUCCUACUAUUCCUCUUAUCACAUUUAUUUCAUCUUGACAAGGUAUAAUUUCUAAAGACAAAGCACUAUAUAUUUACUUAUAGUUCUAAUAUUCAUUUUACAGUAUUCUCAAGAUCAGUAUUGAUCAUUUGGCAUGAUUGCAUGAAUUCUCUAUUCUUUUACGUGCAGCUUUUCUAUAGAGAAACAUGAUUAAAAAUUAAAUGUUGAAUGCUAAUGUUCUCUGAAGUGGCAUAGGCUAAUGAAAUUAAUAAUACCUUGCAUUGGCAAAAUGAUUUUAACUUUUGAAAGUGCUUUCCCGUCCACUACCCCUGCUAAGGAAAGCACAAUUGUACCCAGUCUACAGAUGGCAAAGCCAAGGCCUUAAGACAGACAGUGGAACAGGAUACUAGGUUCUCAAGUCUGCCAGACUCCUUGCUUUGCUCACUCUAGCAACUGAUUUGAGGAAGGUUUGGAGGGGUAGGAAUAGGACUCUGGGGGCAAUGUUUGAAAGGAAAAAUUUGAUAAUUUUUGGAAAAAGGUUGGAAAAAGUAAGUGAUUUAAAUGAAAUACAUCAUUAAGUAUUGGGUUGACCUUGAAGAAAUUGCCUUCUCUGUAGGUCAGAAACAACCGAUCAGUUUCAUAUGGUUCAACUUAGCAUAUAAUAUUGUGCUUUCCUUCUUUUAAUGGAAAUGUCAUCAUCAAUCCCAUAGUUAACAUCAAUAGACUUACAAUGAUCAUACAAUACAACAGCUCUCAUCUAUUAAAUGCCUACCAUGCGUCAGACAUGACACUGAGCACUUUACAUACAUUCUCCCUCACAACUCUGAGUGAGAUGUCCUUAUCCAUUCCAAUGGUGACAGUUUAAAGCCAUUACAUGAUUAGUCUCAAGGCGCCUGGCCCACAUGGGUGUCAGGAUUCAGUGCCUGGUGUUUGUAUCUAUUCCUUCACACAGAAUAGUUCCAAACACAGAGAAAGAUCGAGGUUAGUAAAUAAUUUUCAUCUCAAAUGCUAACCACACAUGACUUGCAGAGGCCGCCAGGAGCACCGUGUGACGGCAGAGUCUGAGACACAGGCGUGCAGUGGUCAGUUAGGAAUGCCGGCCUGUGCAGGACCUAGAAGCUUAAAUUAAUCUAACCCGUUUAGCAAAAUUAGACACUCCAUGGUGACACAGAGACAGAGACUCAGCCAGAAAUCACCACGUCUUGGAACAAUGAGGAAUUUGGCCAUGUUACCAGUCUCAACCGUUACUCAUAGACACACUCUGGCCAUGUGUCACAUUUUGCUAAGUUACCUGCUUCCGCAUCUCCAGGUGAACCGUAAGGAGGCAUGGAGGGAUAAGAGGACUGGGUUUUGGCUUUCAUCUUGCUGAUCCCUGCCCUUCAGCCAUUGUUUUAGAUGGUCAGCACCCAAUCCUCAUGUUGGAACAUGAUUUGGAAACCCGGGCUUCGAAUACUCUUUCAAUGAGGGCCUAGUCUCAAUGGACUAAUAGUCUUGCACAGUACUGAUAACGGGGCCUGGAGCACAGUUAAGAAGCAAGCAGGUGAUUUAUGCUGGACCUAUCAAUCAGAGUAUCCUAAAACUAUUUAUUUCAACUUAUUUAGUCAAUAGCUGAUGUCCUCCAUUUAUAUGGGGCAGCAGGAGAUUUCUGUAGGAUGGAACUGAGUUAUUUAUUUUUAAUUUAAAUAUUUCAUGAUGAAGUGUUUGCCUUGCAUAGAAUGUUUUAACUGACCAAUUCAAAUAAAAAUAAAGUAUGCUUUGUUUGUGACAUCAAUAAACCACCA